UUCUACACUUUUUCUUCGGUGCUUGCAAACUAGGGUUUUAAUUUUAUUGGUUAAAGAGGCACCGACAUAGACAUUCAUGUACUACCCCUCUCCUCCAUUCCCUGAUUCCCUCUCAAUGCUAUGAAUCUUUCAAGUUUCAAGUCCUGCGAUACCCCCAAAAUCCGAUUGCGACACCUCUGUUAACCGGUAAUCCCAUCCCUGACGGUGUACGGUUCCACGGUUUACGAUCUUAGGAUCCACAGUAGCUCCUCGUGUGUUUACCUUUUUUCUCAAGCCUUAACCGCAGAUCAACGAAGGACGUCACACCCCAAUAUGGUUUCUGGCGACCCUCCUGGUAGGCUUUCAAUCGAAACAGAUGAAGAUGACGAUGAUGAUUUAGUUGGUAGUAGCCCAAUUCAACAACCACGAUUAACAAGGAUUCCAUGACUUUAUAGAAACAAUAUGGUACGAUUCCUAGGACCAUAUAUGACCCAUCGUUGGAAUCAUACAGUGAGCCGUCUGCUCACCAUCUCUUCGAUCAGAUAAGAUUUCCCCCCUUUUCUCACAUUUCCAACACAAAUUUUACAUCUCUUAUGUUCUGCACAAUUUUUACUUCCUAUCAGUUGCCAAAAUUCAAAAAAUGGAGUCUUUGAAGUUGGUUAUAGAUGAAGCUGCUCAAAUGAAAGAGUCUGAGGCCAUCAUUCCCCUUCAAGUUCCCGGAAUGGCGCUUCUUAUUCUCAUUGGAUAUGAAUGCCAAUUACUUGCAACAGUUAAAAGUGUAGUUUCUAAAAAUGUGACAGGGAAUAAGAUAAUGAUGCUGGCAAAAAAAGAAGCAUGGUUUAGGUUUAAUGUUUUGUGGGUCUCAAGUUUAUCUAAUCUUUUUCUUUUAAUGUUUUCCAAUGAAAGUAACUGUAAAAGUCAAUCGACGGACUUCAGAAAGGAGAAGAUAUCACAAUCUUAUCUGAUGUAUGUUCUUGUAGCCAUUUGUCUGUUGGAUUCAUUUCUAGUCCUUAAAGGUACCAAAUAUGAAAUCACCUCAAGCCAAUGAACUCCAAAACUUAAACAAGUGCAAAGCAAAUUUUAUAUCUAGCGAUAGCUUUCUCAAGAAGACAAGUAGCAAUACCAACAAGAUGAUAGUGUAGUUAUAUCUAGUUUUUGGUUUAUGAUAUUUUAUUUCUCUUUAUACCAUAUUUUUAGACUUGUUAUUAGUACAAGGUUUUUUUUAAUCAUGGAUUCAUGUAUGGAUUUUUAUUUCAAUUAUUACUAAUAUCACUAUC